UUAUCAAGAAGUUAUCUUGUCAUUGGUAGCUUCUGUGUCUGCUGGCGUCUGCAAAGCUGAUAAUUUUACAAAGUGUUUAUUCAUUUUUCUAGUGUCAAAUUCAAAUUAAGGUAAAUCUAUAAUAGUCAUGGCGAGUACAUUUAAGUCAUGCCGCAUUUCAACUUGGAAGUUUUAACGUACAACUAUCACAGACCUGUUCUACGGUUUUUCCUUUAUGACGUUGGGUGAUUUCUGUCAUGCACGUUCAAGGAACUGAUGCGGUAAAUGAUGAAAACAUACGUGUCCCAAAGAACCAAAUUCCAUCAAAAAUGUACAUAAUCGGCAGAGAGAUAUGCUUCAUAUUUGCAAUUGUUUUUACUACAUACGCAGCCGUGCUCAAUGCAAAUAAGAGCCAUUCCAAGAGUCCGCCUCCAUCACCAUUCUUCAGAGAAGACUCUUUCGUAACAGACUACUACCAUGGUGAACUUAGAAUUAUGCUUAAGAAAGCAUCGGAAGUUGAAUUGAUGUUCAUCAUGUAUUAUGCUCCCUGGGAUGCUGAAUGCCAGGCUCUAAGGAGAGAAUUUGAAAUAGCCGCUGAACAUCAUCACAAUCAGUGGUUGUAACCGGACCUUUGAGGAUCAGGCCAAGGGACAACAAUUUCAAGGUGUUGUUUGCGGCUAUCAACUGCUGGCAACCGGGAAGUGAGUGUCGCUCGCAAGCCAGCAAAAUUCCAAUAGUAACAUAUCCCGAAUUUAUCGCCUACCCUUUGUCCGGUUCGCCUGUCGGCUACACGGGCCAACGACUGGCUGGUCACAUGAUCAAGUUCAUUGAAAACUUACUGCAUCCGAUCUCCAGGAUAGAUACCGUCAAAGAAUUCUAUCAGCUUCAAAUCAGGCAUGAUACUGUUCUAGUUGGAUUUAUAGAAUUCUCGAACAUGCGUGGAGGUCUCGAGUAUAAAGCAUUGUACGAUUCGGCCCUGAAACUGGCUGAAAAAGGAACCAACCAAGACGUGGGCGUAGCUGUGGCAACCAAUUCGAUUAUUGCGACCGAAGUAACCAUUACAAAGAUGCCUUCUUUGUAUCUUAUUUCAUGGGACGAUUGCAAGGAGUAUACGGGUACAUGGAAAUCUGAAGCAAUAGUACAAUGGGUGGCCCAAAAUAUUGAACGAGCUGCAAUGUGGCUUUCACCUCCUGGUAGCAAGAGUCUCUCAUUCAAACGUUUUGUGGAAGAAGGAUCAGUUUUAAUUUUAUUCACUCCAGAUAAUCCUCUGCUUGACCACAAUCAUCACUACGACAUGAUCAGGGAGAUUGGUUUCGAUUACUACAAUUGUGAUAAUGAUUCGGCUGUAAUUGAUUUUCGAAAUUAUUUUUCGGCUCAUAGAUUAGUAAUGAUUCGUAAGGAAGAACAACUGUUAGAGACUUGCGUGAAGAGGAUGAAAAGCUUAGCUAUCGAAGCGGAAAACAGUGAAGAUAUGACCAGCAUUCCUUUUCAAAUAGUCGAGAAUGUGUGGAUCAAUUCCAGUUCAAGCGCACAGAAGAAUCGCAGAAAACAUCGACCAACCACAUUGAGUGAAACAACUGAAGGCUGGCUUUCGUUUAUCACGUCUACCUGCAGUGUCGACGAAAAUAUGCCUAAAUCAGCCAAAAAGUGGUCGAGCCACCGAGACCAUAGGUCGGCGACGUCGCUGAUGGCCUGGUCGCUGCAGGAGAAGUGCAGUCGCUACAUGAGAGCCGUAUCGCUGGGUCUGCCGCCCCGGAUUAGGAAAAGCGCGGCCUACGACAAAGUGCCUCACGAUCAGCUGAUGGGCCUCGCCUGCAAAACCAAUCGCAGUUUGUCGUUGCUGGCUAUGGACGCCAACAUCUACCAGCACUUUGCCGACGGGCUCGGCAUCGACCUCAACACCUACCCCCAUCGCACUGCUGCUCUUAUAUUCAAUGGACAACAAGAGACCGUGCAUCUUCUAUCGAAACCGCUGACCAAGUCGAACCUGGCCAAUUUCAUAAUAGACUUCACGGCCGGCAAGGCUGAGCGACACCUGCGGUCAGAGCCGCGCCGUUCGCAGCCGCCCAACCGCUACAAGCCGGGCCUCAGCAGCGACGCCAACAACCGAACCAGGUCCAUCGCUCUGCUCGAACUCACUUCGAAAACAUUCCAGGCAGUCGCCCUCAACGAGACCCAGAACGUGGUGGUGCUGUACCACUCGCCGUACUGCGGGUUCUGCGCGAGCAUUUCGCACGUGUACCUGACGGUGGCGAACCUGCUGCGUCGGCUGCCGACCGUGCAGUUCUGCCGCAUCGACGGCGAAAGCAACGACCUUCCGUGGCAGUACACCGUGCACCACUACCCGAGCAUCCUGCUGUUUCCGGCGGCGCCCCGCAAGGCGGACAGUCGUGUCUUCCCGCAGCGGGCGCCGAUCACCGUCGACGCACUGGCGCAGUUUGUGCUCGCCAACCUCCCCCUCCAUCUGCGGCUGCAGGGCGCCAUCGACCUGUGUCAGCGCUGGGGAUCCAAGCAUUACGUGAAAAAACAAGAGGACUGUCUGCUGGGAAUCCGCCAGACUUGCCUCAACCUCAUAUCAAAAACGCUGAGUACCUACCGCUCGGUCUACAGGUCUAAUCUAUCCCGCAAGUACAAGCAGAAGACCUGCAAAUGGCUGCUUAAACGACUGCGCUACUUGAAGGAAAUACACCUCUACCUUGGCACCUCCAACCUUUCCAAAGCCAGAAACCUUGUCAAAGAGUUCCAAACUAUAUAUGUCGACAACCCUGACAUCCAAAAAUCUGCUGACGAUAAAACAAACUUACAUCAAAGUACGUUUCUGAGAGACGAACUGUAAGCGAUAUUCGUUCUUAUUUAUUUUACAACUGUAAGUUGUAUUUGUGUAAAAGUUUUUGUAUGUGCAACUCCCGAUUUAAAUGUAAAUAUGUCAGCAAUACCCUUUAAUUUGUUGAUGUUGUGUGAAUAAAAUGUUUAGGUGGUUUUAAUAAGAAAA